GUUAAAUCUAGUGUAAAUCCAGAGCAGGCUUCUUAUGUCACUGGAACUGUGAUGAGCUUGUUGCACUAGCGUUUAAUGAGAAGAGGGGAGGACGGCACUGUUUAAAACAGUUUAUUUGUCAAGGACAAUUUAAGGCAUGCAGUCUUCCUAAGUAACAAGAAUAAUGAGACCAGCUACAUGCAAGAAUGAGCAAUAGGAUGUGAACUUGCACUCUGUAUUAGCCUCCUAAUCAUUGGUUCUGAUCUGUAAUCUUAUGCCCUCCAGUUCAGAGCAUUUGAUAAGGUUCAUCAUUUAAGGCUACAGAACUAGAAGCACAGUGUGCAUGGCAGAGAGAACAAGUCACUAAAGCAAAAUGAGCCAAAAUGAAGAAGCCAACAGCCAUCUGACAUGGUACAUUGGGAAGUCAGUUGUCUGCCUAAUACUGAGCUUGUCAUUCACCAUUGGGAUCCCUGGCAAUAUCAUUGUCAUCUGGACUGUUUGUAAGAAAAUGAAGCAAAGAUCUUCUACAGUCCUCCUUAUCCUAAAUCUAGCCAUUUCAGACCUCCUGGUGCUGGCUACCUUACCCAUCUGGAUUUACUCCUUUGCUGAUUCCUGGGUAUUUGGAGUCCCCAUUUGCAAAAUGCUGGUUUACAUGGUUUACAGCAGCAUGUAUGCUAGUGUGUUUGUCAUUACAGCACUGAGUUUGGAGAGGUUCAUUGCUGUGUUUUAUCCAUUCUCAGUUCAGAGACAGAAAAAUAAAGCAUUGAUUUUCAAAGUUGUUUUUCUCAUUUGGAUCCUGUCUUUUGGUUUUGGAGCGUCAAUAAUUCCGUUUCAAGACAUACAGGAAAUUAAUGGUGGUCUUCAAUGCCUUGGUCGCAGCUACUCUUCUAAUCAACAGAAGGUAUUGAACCUUUUACUAGAGACCUUUGUGGGUUUUGUGAUCCCUUUUGCCAUCAUCUGCACUUGUUACAUGUGUGUUGGGAGAAAAUUGAGACAAAUGUCUUACCAAUCAAAGCAGCGAACAGAAAGACUAAUUGUCAAUGUGGUUGUGGCUUUUGCUGUAUGCUGGUUCCCACAUCAUCUAUUUAACAUAAUAGACAUUGUUUCCAUGCAGAUAGAAGACUCUAACCAGAAGAUAUUCUCGGCCCUCAAUCAGAUUACAGACAUAGGGGUAUAUCUCUCUGGAGCACUGGUGUUUAUUAGUAGCUGCACUAACCCUGUGCUUUAUGCAUUUGCUGCUUGGAGCUUUCAGAGUCACCUGGGAUUCACAAAGAUAUCCAGGCUCUUUGAAGAAAUUACUCAAAAUGUAAUACAAGAAGUGAAGAAAGACAAUUCUCUUGAAACUGUACAAGACAUUUUAAUAGGCACAGGCACUGUCUAAUAGGAAGCACAUAUUGAGCGACUGAUGAGAAUCUUAAAUGUACAAUCUUUACAUCUAUGCUGUUAAUGUUGUCUUGCUAAAGAAAACAAAUUCAGAGUCAUGUGUUCUAAUCCAGCCCAAUUUGUCAGUGACUGAAAGACAUUAUCUUGAAGGUUGUUCAAUGUGUUAUAUGGAAUGAACUGGCCACCUUUGUACAAAUCAUGGGCUGGGGUCCACAUCAUAAAAUCAUCACCACCGUGUGCCACACUGGUUGGCAGAUGCCGCAAAAAAGGUGAUGGUUUGAAAGAAUAUAACCAAGAAAAUUUUGAAAUGUGAUAAAAAAAAUGACUUUUCAGUUUUCAAGCUUUCAAUCCACAAAGAUCUCUUUUUUUCCCUUGUGAUUAGUCUGCUCUGAAAUUUCACUUUAUGGAGUCUACCUCUCUGUUAAUAAAUGGAGAGGAUUUAAUGAAUAUUCAUAGACUUAAUCAGACUGGAAUAUUUUGUCAGUUUAAACAUUAUUCCAGGAUCAACUCUUUAUUGAGGACAGAAUUGACAUUUUCAAUGAAAGCUAAACACAAGCACUUAUAUGCAACAUAUAUAUUUCAAGACUCUCUUGAUGGGAGUCUUGAAAUUGGGAAAUAAAUGCAAUUUGUGUUUGAAAAAUUAGCAAAUUAAUAAAAUUAAACACUGCACUUAUUGAUAUAAUCCUGAUUUUUUCAUGCAAUGAAAGCUGACAUUUCCAAGGAAAGUCAACUUAUGAAAAAAUCUAUUUAGCUGAAACUCAGCUGUUUUUUUAUUCAAAAAAAUUUUUAGUGAAAACAUUUCAACUAGCCUUUAAACAUUAGUCAAAAGCUUCAAAGCAGAUUGCCUAAAGAUAAACUCGUCAUAUAGAUGGGCUGAGCAUCCACAUAUCCUACUCCAGUUAGUUGGAAACUGGAAGUGCCAGCAACUUCGGAAAAUUGUGCCAUUUUCAUUUUAGGUACCAAUGUCUGUAACUACAGAUUUUGCAUCUGUUAUGCAAAAUGUCUUAAACUAAUAAUUUUAAUUCAAAAAAGAAAUAUAUUACAACAGAAUUGCUUACAGCAAAUACAGAAACUGGACCAUAACUUGUAGGAAACAACAGAUUGCUGUUAAGAAGGUAUAUUAUACAAAUUCCACUUUUUGCACCAUGUAUAAAAGUGUGCUAUUAGGAAACUGUAUGAUUAGU